GCGCUAGCUGAACUGCAGGGCUGGCUUUAGGUGUUGCGGCACGCAAGGGAUGGCGGAGGCGCCUCCUGUUCCAGGUACUUUUAAAUUCAAUACGGAUGCUUCUGAGUUUGUUCCUCAGGAGAGAAAAAAUUCUGGUCUACAUUGUGGGGGUCAAAGGAGACUAGAUUCUAAUAGAAUUGGUAGAAGAAAUUACAGUUCACCACCUCCGUGUCACCUUUCCAGGCAAGUACCUUAUGAUGACAUCUCUGCUGUUCAUCAGCACAGUUACCAUCCUUCAGGAAGCAAACCUAAGAGUCAACAGACGUUUCAGUCCUCUGCUUCUAAUAAAUCACUCAAGAGCCUUCAGAAUCAACCUGGACAGAAAUUGAGGAGUGAAAAGCAGCAUAUCAGAGUCAAGAGAAUACAAAGUCUAACUGACCAGACCUCAGAUGCAUCUGGCUCAGAAAGUGUGGCCAGAUCAGAGAGUGGGACAAAGCCUAGAGAGCACAGCCCUGCUGAAAGUGAGAAGGAAAUUAUUGGUGCAGAUCCCAGGGGAGCAAAACCCAAAAAAGCAUCCCAAUUUGUAUACAGUUAUGGUAGAGGACCAAAAGUCAAGGGGAAACUCAAAUGUGAGUGGGGUAACAGAAUGACUCCCAAACCUGAGGAUGCUGGACCUGAAAAUACCAAACCCGUAGGGGUUAUCCACCCUGACUCUUCAGAUACAUCCUUCAGAAAAGGAGUACUGGAUGGGUCUGGGGCCAAACGCAACGAACAGAGAAGACACUCACAGAAAAGACCUCCCUGGGAAGUGGAGGGGGCGAGGCCACGUCCAGGCAGGAAUCCACCAAAACAGGAGGGCCUACGACAUGCAAGUGCAGGAACCAGAAACAAUAUCACCCCCAUUCUAAAGGAUAAUCUUAAUGAACGACCAGCAAAAUCUGCCUGUAACAAUGGGAACUUGGCAGUUGUCAACAAGUCUUCCAGACGGGUUGACCCAGAGAAAAGUGCUAUGAGGAGACAGGAUCCUCCCCGAGGCAAACAGAACCCUGUGCUAAAGAAUGUGGAAACACACACAGGUUCUCUAGUUGAACAAUUAACUACAGAAAAAUACGAGUGCAUGGUGUGCUGUGAAUUGGUUCGCGUCACAGCCCCAGUGUGGAGUUGUCAGAGCUGUUACCAUGUCUUUCAUUUGAACUGCAUAAAGAAAUGGGCAAGGUCUCCAGCAUCUCAAGCAGAUGGCCAGAGUGGUUGGAGGUGUCCUGCCUGUCAGAAUGUUUCUGCACAUGUUCCUAAUACCUAUACUUGUUUCUGUGGCAAGGUAAAGAAUCCUGAAUGGAGCAGAAAUGAAAUUCCACAUAGUUGUGGUGAGGUUUGUAGAAAGAAACAGCCUGGACAGGACUGCCCACAUUCCUGUAACCUUCUCUGCCAUCCUGGACCUUGCCCACCCUGUCCUGCCUUUAUGACUAAAACAUGUGAAUGUGGACGGACCAGGCACACAGUUCGCUGUGGUCAGGCUGUCUCAGUCCACUGUUCUAACCCAUGUGAGAAUAUUUUGAAUUGUGGUCAGCACCACUGUGCUGAGCUGUGCCAUGGGGGUCAGUGCCAGCCUUGCCGGAUUAUAUUGAACCAAGUAUGCUACUGUGGCAGUACCUCCCGAGAUGUGUUAUGUGGAACGGACAUAGGAAAGUCUGAUGGAUUUGGGGAUUUUGGCUGUUUAAAGAUAUGUGGCAAGGACUUGAAAUGUGGAAACCACAUGUGUUCUCAAGUGUGCCACCCUCAGCCCUGCCAGCCGUGCCCACGACUCCCCCAUCUGGUGCGCUAUUGCCCUUGUGGGCAAACUCCUCUCAGCCAAUUGCUAGAACUUGGAAGUAGUGGUCGGAAAACGUGCAUGGAUCCUGUCCCUACAUGUGGAAAAGUGUGCGGCAAGCCUCUGCCUUGUGGUUCCUUAGAUUUCAUUCAUACCUGUGAAAAGCUCUGCCAUGAAGGAGACUGUGGACCAUGUUCUCGCACAUCAGUUAUUGCCUGCAGAUGCUCUUUCAGAACAAAGGAGCUUCCAUGUACCAGUCUUAAAAGUGAAGCAGAUGCUACAUUUAUGUGUGACAAGCGGUGUAACAAGAAACGGUUGUGUGGACGGCAUAAAUGUAAUGAGAUAUGCUGUGUGGAUAAGGAGCACAAAUGUCCUUUGAUUUGUGGGAGGAAACUCCGUUGUGGCCUUCAUAGAUGUGAAGAACCUUGUCAUCGCGGGAACUGCCAGACAUGCUGGCAAGCCAGUUUUGAUGAAUUAACCUGCCACUGUGGUGCAUCGGUGAUCUACCCUCCAGUUCCUUGUGGUACCAGGCCCCCUGAGUGUACCCAAACCUGCGCCAGAGUCCAUCAGUGUGACCAUCCAGUAUAUCAUUCUUGUCAUAGCGAAGAGAAGUGUCCCCCUUGUACUUUCCUAACUCAGAAAUGGUGCAUGGGCAAACAUGAGUUACGAAGCAACAUCCCGUGUCACCUGGUUGAUAUCUCUUGCGGAUUACCCUGCAAUGCUGCACUACCGUGUGGGAUGCACAAGUGUCAGAGACUUUGUCACAAAGGAGAGUGUCUUGUGGAUGAGGCCUGUAAGCAGCCCUGCACCACCCCCAGAGCUGACUGUGGCCACCCGUGUAUGGCACCCUGCCACCUCAGCUCACCCUGCCCCAUGACUGCUUGCAAAGCCAAGAUUGAGCUGCAGUGUGAAUGUGGAAGAAGAAAAGAUAUCAUGAUUUGCUCUGAAGCAUCCAGUACUUAUCAAAGAAUAGCUGCUAUUUCCAUGGCCUCUAAAAUAACAGACAUGCAGCUUGGAGAUUCAGUGGAGAUCAGCAACUUAAUUACUAAGAAGGAAAUUCACCAAGCCAGGUUGGAGUGUGAUGAGGAGUGUUCAGCCUUAGAAAGGAAAAAGCAGUUAGCAGAGGCAUUUCAUAUCAGCGAUGAUUCUGAUCCUUUCAAUGUACGUUCUUCAGCAUCAAAAUUUAGCGACAGUUUGAAAGAAGAUGCCAGGAAGGACUUAAAGUUUGUCAGUGACGUUGAGAAGGAACUGGAAGCCCUUGUGGAAGCCGUGAAUAAGGGAAAGAAUAGUAAGAAGAGCCACUUCUUCCCUCCCAUGAACAGAGACCACCGCCGGAUCAUCCACGACCUGGCCCAAGUGUACGGCCUGGAGAGUGUGAGCUAUGACAGUGAACCGAAGCGCAACGUCGUAGUCAUUGCAGUCAGAGGGAAGUCUGUUUGUCCUUCUACCACGCUGACAGGUAUACUUGAAAAGGAAAUGCAGUCACGGCCUCCACCACCAAUUCCUCAUCACAGACAGUCAGACAAGAAUCCUGGGAGCAGUAAUUUACAGAAAAUAGCCAAGGAGGCGGUAAUUGACUACUUUGAUGUCCAGGACUGAGAAGCUCAAGAUGUACUUAGAUGAAAGAAUGAUUAGGUGGGGUGGAGAUUCAUUUGCCAGCAGAUAAAUCAUGCUUGUUCCCAACUUCCCGGUGGACUUAUAGCCUCACAUAUUGUUUUGUAUUGAUACAUCCAAAGCAUGAGUGUGUCAGAAAUCCCGUCCUCUGAUCUGUAUGAAAUGUUUCUGUGAAGCCAGAUGUUGGCUGCACAGUCACUAGUGAUUCAGUCAUGUAUUUGCAGAGGCUCCUCACACCUUCACUGAUUGCUCGGAGGCUUAGGGGAACAUUGGGCUCGAUUUGGACAAACCAGAAUUUUAGCCUGAAACCAGUGUUAUGGCACUUAGUUAUAGUCUCAGUUGUCCCAGUUAUCCAUCCUCCUGAAAACGCCUGCAACAUCAGAUGCGCCUCGCUUUCUUAAUCCAGACUGAUCGCAGUCUUUGGAAAGACACAAGGAAAUUUCUCAGUCUGAAAUAGCAAACAUUGAAUUGGUUCACCAUAUCCAGAAUCACACAUGUUGCGUUGACCCCAGAUAUCUUAUCUGAAUCUUUUGCCAAAAACUCAUAUAUCUAUCUAGCUGAACUUACUUUAGUGGUUCUCAGUACCAUUAGUUCUAGACCUAGCAGAGGGGUUGGGUGACUUUACAGAAUUCCAUUUUCUAUCCAAGGGACACCUCAUACCACAUCACUGACCCUGUCUGGUGACAGUCACUUUAGCUAUCCACCAUGAUGGCAGAGGAUAUAGAGCAAGCUCCUCCUGCCAGGUUCACACUGUGGCCUCUAUGUAUGUAUGACCAGAGUAGCCCCAACACCUUCUCUAUAGUUGAGAAAGAGUCUCAGGUAGACUUAUUUUUUUUGUGUUGCUUUUUCCCAGGCCUGCAGCAGCUGUAUUGGCUCUCCCUAUCUCUGAGCACUGGACAUCUGUUUGAAUAGUCAAAGUAUGUGGACAGUCCAGGACUUAUCCCAGCAGCCCCUGGAAGCAUUCUUCAGGCUCCUUUAAGGCAGGUGCAUCACCAGUUACGUUAGUUUGGCCCUCUGCAUUGGUACCUCUGCAGCACAGAGGCCGAACUUCCAGUUUUCUUCUGCUCCAAAGCAAGCCAUGAGCCCCAGAGCAACAGGAGAUUUCAAAAAUGACUUUACAAAACCAACACUUAAUUUUCACAGAGCAUAGCUACCCUUUGGUCCUGACCCAGACAAUCUGCCUUGAAAAGCAUCAGGUACAUCAGUGGGGAUAGACAACUGGAGGGAAGAGAUGAACUACACACCACCUUAUCUGGGCCCAUUUAGCACAGGGUCAACGGCCCUACACCCAAUAGGAAGCCCACAGGCAUCUGUUAUGUCUUUUAAUCAGUGGGUUUAGUGGGUGAACUCUACAUUGAGAGCACCUCGGAAUCAGCAGGAGGCAGGAAACCUGUUUUCUGAUUCCAGCUCUGUCACAUAACAACUUGCCACUUGGUAGAAUGGAGGUAUCAAGCUACCUCACCAGGGUGGUGAUGGUUAAAUGAGAUAACUUACGUAGAGGUACCUGAUCUAUCAUAGGUGCCGAAAGUUUAUAAAAUAAGACUUGAUAAUUGGAAAAUAUGUAAGCAUCUUUUUUCUCCAUAAUAUUAGCCAAGUAAAAAGUUAGAAUGCUUGUGUGCCUACUUAGCACCAGCCUUGUACCAGGGCUGUGGGGAGAUGUGGCCUGUUUUUAGUUAGUAAUCCAGUAGGGGACACAUAUCUGAAUAUAUAUAAUGGAAUAGGUUGGUUUGGUACAAAUCGGUCAUUAAUCUUAUUAAAAGCUGGAGAGUUAUACAAGGAGUUUUUGUGACAUGGUAGGACUGGGUUAGCUCUCGUGCUUGGGGGAAGGACCCCUGAUUGGGAGGGGAAACAGAAGGAAGCAUUUGAGUGGAGUCUGAAGAUGGCAGAGUGCCAUUUGUAGGAGAGAGGCAUUCCAAGUGAAGGUAAAGGGCAUGAGGCAAGCCCUGGAAUAUGGUUUGUGGUGGGUUUGAGGAAAGGAUCUUCCAGAGUGGGCAGACAACUGGAGGGACAGAUGAUGAAGCUGGAGAGGUAGACAGGUCAACUUGAGAGCCACCUGGAGCCAUUGAGGGAUCCUAAGCAGAGAGUAGCUCAGCUGGAUUUAUGAUCUAGAGCAGGAGCCAGCAAACACUUUCUAUGCCAGAUAGUAAAUAUUUCAGGUUUUACGAACCUUAGAGUUUCUGUUGCAGCUGCCCGACCCUGACAUUGUAGUGUGAAAGCAGCCACAGACAGUACAUGAGUGAGCAUGCACAACUCUGUUCUAAUAACAAUUUUAUGGACACUGAAA